AUGCAUUUGAAACAAAAAGGCCACUGCUUCGGUGUCCUUCUCAUUUACACCAUCACAACCACAGCUUUAUUUUCAGUGGGCUGGUGCGAGCCUAAUCAUUCUCCCCAGCCAGAUUCUCAUGCGGCUCUUCAUAAUGUCAGGAACAGCGUUUUAACAACGGAAGGCCUCCUCUACCCUUCCAGCCGAGAGGACGGAAAGCGGCAGCGCCUCGACUCAAGGCAGGGUGAACCAGAGUCGACCAGCCUCCCAGUCUUUUACCACCUCGAAAGCAGAGACGGGACACGGACUAAAAGCUCAGCAGGACGGCCUGAACAGAGAAUUGGACCCAGAAUGGCGACUCCUUCAAGUGACAAAAGUUUGAAGAACCACCGCAAACCGAAGCAAACCAAUGGGGAGUGGACGUAUUCUUCCCCUGUCUCCUCAAAGGAAGACUGCAGCAAAGGAGAAAUUAAGAAUGUAAUUCACGGAAAGUUUUACAUUAUUGGUCAACUUGAGCCAAACAUCGCCAACGUGGGCUACCAGUCUGACUCUUCUGUUUCAGUCCAGACUGAGGGAGACCAGGCAAGGAUCAGAGGUCAGCGGCCCAGCAGCUCAGAGGAGAGCUGGCAGAGGCUCCAGCCUGUGGUGGAGUGUGGAGACGACGCCAUGACCCUCGUUGUCAGGAGGAGACGAGCUGUACAACUACAGCUGGAUCGAGCAAAUGAGUCAUCUGUGCCCCUGUCCCAGCUGCCACCUCAGUGCGGUUACUCCGUUCAGGCCACGUGGAGAGACCUCAGGCUGAUGGCUCAAUAUGAUGCCUGCCAUGUCACACAGGAGGAUGACAACUAUGUGUUGCCUCUGCUGUGGAGGGGGACUCCAGUCAAGAUGUCCUGUCCAGUGUCUCAGAUGCAGUCUCAUGUCAUGGGCCUGUCCUCCUUGUGCUGCUCCCUGUAUGGUAUGACUGUCAAAGUGCAAGGACUGUCUGCUACAGAGGAGUUGAGGAUAAAUGUGAGAGGAGAGUGGACCCCUUUGGCGUUGUUAGCCGAGGAGUGUGGCUUCACCUUUGACAGACAAGAUGCAGAAAUUGUCAUCGCUGCUCCAUACCUGACCUGUGGCAUCACAGUAAAGGAUGGAAAAUACACGCUUUCUCUUCAAAUAGGAGAAAAAACAUUCACGCUGUCCUGUCCUGUUUCUCCCCUGGAAGAACUCCCACCUGCCCAUCAGCGUCUUGUCGACAGCCUUCAUCAUCUAAGCAGGGACACAGCGGAGCUUACACCAACCCUGGAGCCUUUCCUAUGGGCGCCACCUUUCUACCUGGCCCCACCUUACUAUCCCCACCCAACAUAUCAUCACAAGUAUCCUAAACCUAAUGUUCAUGAUGGACAUAACCUUCCUACUCCCCCAUCUUCAACUACUGACCCUAUAUUUAGUCCACACCCUCUUCCCCCUGUUGAUUCCCAGCCAGACUAUCCAGAAUACGAAUCCCACCAUAUUCCUGUCAGGGAGUACUAUAAACAAUUCAGUGCACACAGUUCUCUAUCACCUGCAGAUGAAAUGGAAGAUUCAAGUCAGGUGUAUUCAGAGCUACAACAAAAACAAGAAACUCCUGACUUAGGUCUCGCUGAAAAGCACAGUGCUACACAUUUUCCCUCCUUAGCGACAAGCUAUCCUGUUCAAGUUGAAGCGCCGUCUCUCCAGCCUCCCAGCCAUGUCUUCAAUCCAUACUACCACUACUACCAUCACCCCAAAAUCCCUCUUCCUGGCCCGACUCAAGACCCUGAUCCAGGUCCUGAGGUUCCUUCAAUUAAUUCUCAUACCCAUGAAUUUUUAGAGUUGCCCCCCAAUGUCCAGCAGUCUGAGGCUAGCUCAGACCAGUUCCCUCAGCCUGUGCCUGAGGCUUACAUCUUUCCAACAAGUCCUCAAUUUGUUCACCAAGUCCCUUCCCCUCAUGCACUUUACCCACAGCCUCAUCCAUACCACUACUUGUACUACUUUCCACAUAUUAGUAGGGGCGAGGCUAAAAGGUUGGCUCCUCUACAGCACGACAUGGCUGCAAAAACAAAUUUGUCCUAUAUUCACCCACUUUCUCGCUCAUCAGUGUUUCCAGGUGAUGGUGAUGUAAAACCAGAGCUGGAUGACAGAAAAAGACACUCUACACCUGUGUCUCCUGUAGUCCAACCUCCCCUCCCACGCAGUUAUCCUCCCAAACCAGACCCUGCUGCAGCUCCUUCUCCUGAACAACCCUCUUUCCCUAAUCCACCCAACCAUAAUCCCCCUCCUUACCCAUACUACUACCACCCUUACUAUCACUACCAUCAGAUGUAUUUUGGACCUCAAAGUUUAAAGAGCACUGACAAGAGUGUGUCUCCAACUCUACCCGAAGAACCUUCAGACCCUCUGCUUCAAGCAUCUUACUUUCCACUCCAGCAUCCGUCCUAUCGCAAACAUCAAACCACUUCUUCACCCACAGAAUCAGCGAAUGUUCAAAACAGCCACAUUCAACCUUACUACUACUAUUACCACCCCUUCUACCAGCCUCAGGUGUUCAAGGACAACCAGGACCUACAUCCUGCAGGCAGUGAAGACUCUGACCAAGCAUCCUCAAAAUCAGAAUCUCAGCUUCCCUCUGACUCUGACCACAGCAGUGUGGACGUCCUGGCUCAUGCUGCUGAAGCAGGAUAUCAUGACAUCCCCUGGUCACCGCACAGUCCCUUCCAUAGCUUCUAUUCCCAUUAUAUGACUCAACAACUUCCACGUGAUCCUUUUGUUCAUCCUGGUGAAGAAGAAGCAGAACAGAGGCUGGAUGAUGGAAUGAGAGAUGGCCUCAGUGCUAACACACCCUCUGCCUCGCCCUGUGGCAUUGGCCCUGUGUCAGAUUUUGACUUUAGCGGUUCUUUGGGCUGCUGUACCUGUCCUGUGAAGGACUGUACAGUAGGACAGUAUUUUGUCUUUGCUGUGCCUGCCUCUGUGGUAGAGCCCACAGUGGCCCCUCCCGCUCAUCCCUCUGAGGACAGUACUGGAUCCUGCACGCUGCAGAGGCUGACCUCUGACCCUGACAUCUACAUCGUGCCCCUGGAUGGCUGUGGAGUAAGCAAACAUGUGUUUGGUCAGACAGUGGUUUAUAUGUUGGAGGUCCAAGGUUUCCAUUCUCUUCAACAAGACCACCGUUCUGUGCAGGAGCACUCUCCCAUCAGGUUGAUGGUGGAAUGUAGCUCCUCCUCAGGUUCUCCAGGUGAAGUAAGGCUCUAUGUGAUGGAUCAACCUCCUCCACCUCCCAUUCAGUCUACGCCAGCCACGGUCACUGUGCAACUGAGGAUUGCAACAGACGAAUCCUUCACCAGCUUCCACCCUGAGGCUCACCUGCCUCUCAGUCUUGUGCGAGGCAGACCACUUUAUUUUGAAGUGAGCCUGCUGGACCCCCCGGAGCCCGACCUGGUGCUGCUGGUUCACUCCUGCCUGGCUUACACUCAAUCUCCGUAUACCAGCUGGAUGCCCCUUUACAAUGGCUGCCCCAGCGGGGGCGAUUCACAACUGCUUCCUUCCCCACGCUUCAACCCGCACCACAUCCGGAAGAUCAUAAUCCCUAGCUUCCUGUCUCUGCCCUCAGAGAGUUCCUCUUACAUGGCUAAAGGAGGAUACUCUCUCAUGGAUGACCCAGAGAUCUACUUCUCAUGCUUGGCAGAGGCGUGCUCCGCUGCAGAUGGCGACUGCACUGUCGGCUGCAUCAGCAGUCCCAACAGUGACGUGAGAACAAUGAAAUAA